AUGCACAUGAGGGCGAGCGCCAAGCACAGACUGGCGGCCAUGGACGCGUGCGUGCGGUGGGGCGGCCGCUUCUGCGUGGCGUUCGUGUGGGCCUUCUGCGCGGUGGGCUACUGGUCCGUGUGGCACUACGUGUUCAUUCCCUACAUGAUGUACACCGCCCAUGACCCGUUCCACAUCUUCAUCCUCCUCGUGUUCCACGCGCUCGUCAUUCUCUGCCUCUACUCCUACUACUGCGCCAUCCGCACAGACCCCGGCUUCGUUCUCCCCGGCUACCUGCCGCCGGAGAUGGAGGAGGGACGGCUGCACUCGGUGGCGGAGCACGAUGACGAGCAGGCCGCGAGCGGUGACGAGCAGUCCGACGACGGCGGCGCCCGCGGCGACGGUGACGUGGAAAUGAAGCUGCUGCGCGGCAGCGGCGGUGCUCGCGGGCCGUCGAAGGGCAAGGAGCGCAUACGCGAUCGCGAUGACGAUGGCUCGGCCAGCGACUCCGAUGCCGAUUCCUCAUGUCCGACAGCGACAGCAGCUGCCGGCAGCGACGGCCCCCGAGCGCAACAGGCGGCGAUCGAGGACCUGCGGGAGGGCUUCUCCACUCCGGUGGCCGACCCGUGGCCUACAACAACGCCUCCUGGUCUUCCGGCGCUUGUUAACGACGACAGCGAGAACGAAGAGGUGGAUUGGAAGCGGAGAUACGAGCUGGCCACGCGCAAGGACUCUGACUACCUGUCAUCUCUCGUCAUCAACGACGGGCUCUACAUCGUGGACGGGCACACGCAGAACUCGGCAUCGAGCGGCAAUGUGACCCGCGUACAGGGCACUCGGCUGCGCCUGCAGCAUGGCCUGCUGUGGGCCGAGAUGCAGUACUCGUCGGGCUCCUCCUACAAUCGCCAGACCGGAGCCGUGUGGGUGGGCCGGUACGACCGCGCCAGCAGGGUGGUCGAGUGGCGGGAGCGCGGCCUCUUCCACUACACGGGUCGGGUGGUGGACCACCACACCAUCACGGGCACCUACCGGUGGGACGUCAACGGUGCCACGGGCACCUUCGAGCUCCACCUCGCACAACCAGAAGACCACUCGCGCCGAUGGUGA